AUGGCAUUGGUUGUACUCACCAAUGCAUUGACUAAUAUAGAAAGUGCUGCUAAGAUUCCACAGAAAUUCGUUGAUUUUACAGUUGGUAAAAAAGCGAAACUAUCGAAAACCAAUGCGGCCACUGGUAAUGUGCGUGAUGAUAUACUUAUUCCAGGUACUUACAUGAUUGCUGUGAUUGAUACUGGUGUUAACUAUUUACAUCCUGCUCUGGGAGGCUGCUUUGGACCGAGGUGCAAAGUUGCAUUUGGUUACGAUUUUGUCGGAGACAAAUACAGUGCAUCCAACCCGAUUCCAGUGCCCGACAAUGAUCCACUCGACGAUUGUUCUGAGAGUUCUCAUGGUACUCAUGUUGCUGGAAUCGUUGCUGGUAAUGCCACAAAAAUGUUUCAGACAGGUUUCAUACCGAUCGCACCCUUCCUCGGCGUCGCUCCUCAGGCAACUCUCGGCGCAUAUCGUAUCUUUGGUUGCGCUGCAGAUACAACUACCACAGAUCUCAUCACUGCGGCAAUCUUUCGGGCUUUUGAUGACAAAGCUGAUAUAAGUAAGUUGUUAUAA